UAGAAUAUUGACAUGUGCGACAAAAUCAUCGAAAUUCUUGCAGCAUAAUGCCCCAAUUAAGAUUCUACAAUGUAGAUGUAAAACAUUACGUGGUCUUAUGCCAAAAAGAUUGUCUUUAAAACCUGAAGAAGUAGAAAAGUACAGAAAAUCAAAGUUAAUAGAUCACCCAGAUGUCCCAGUAGCAGAAAAAACGCAACGUGAAACAGUUCCAGCAGAUUACAGAUUUGUGUUUCCUGAAUUUUUACCUGAUCCUGAGUAUGACAGACGAGAUCGUGUCCGGGAGAGAUUGGAACGUGAUGAUAUGUACAGGAGGAGAAUGGUCAUAGAAAUACCAGAGUUUUAUGUUGGUUCUAUUAUGGCUGUAACUAUAGCAGAUGAACAAACACCUUCUAAAGAAAGUAGAUUUGUUGGUAUAUGUAUUGAUAGAGGUGGAAUUGGACUAAGAGCUUUCUUUAUUUUAAGGAAUGUUGUUGAUGGACUAGGUGUAGAAAUAAUGUAUGAAAUGUAUGAUCCGACUGUUUUAUCAAUAGAAACAUUACUGCUAGAGAAAAGAUUAGACAAUCAUCUAUACUAUUUGCGUGAUGCUCCCCCAGAAUAUAGCACAUUUUCAUUUGAUACAGAAGCCAUCCCUAUACCAAAAGGAACAGCUAUACCAGUCAACCCACUGAAGGUGAAAUUAAAUCCACGGCCCUGGCUAGAGAGGUGGGAAAGACAGGACUUAAAAGGGAUCCAGGAGUUGAAUUUACCACAGAAAUUCUAUGAUAGAGCUGAAAUUCAUGCUGAAAAACCAUGGCAGAAACAUGAUUUAAUGAAACAAUAUAGAAGCAAUAUAAAUGCUGAUGAUACAGAACAAGUAAUGAAAGAAGUGCAUCAACGUAAGAAGGCUAUUGACAGAGAAAAUACCAGGCGUAGAAAAGAGGCUAUAUUUAAAAAUAAAAAGUAACUGGACUAUUAGAGUUUAAAUAAUGUUUAAUGAGAGUGGGACAUCAAGAGUUAAAGAUUGCUGUGUCAUCACUUUUAUAUUGCUUUAAUACAUAAAAUAAAGUCAUUUAUAAGCUUGGUUAUUAUACUGUAUAAAAAAUCAAAAUAGCAUACCUAUCAUUACUUAUGUUUGAUUGAGAAUGCCUCCAUUUUGGAAAGAUGAAAAUCAUAGCAUCAAUGUCUUAAUAUCCAAAUUCUGUUUGAUCUGUUUUGACCUAUAUAUGUAUGGAAGGGGAUAAAAAGUGACAAAAGAAUGAUGUAAACCAAUGUUUGUACCUGUAAAUUGUAGUUAUCUCCAUUGCAGUAAAAAAUAAACUAAAGGGAUAAU